GGCCGCCGCGCCAGCCGCGCGGAUCGAGCUCUUCCCCGGUCCCAGGCCGGCUCUGAACGCGAGACCCCGGCCGCCUCCGGGGAGGAUAGGCGGGGGUCCCGUUGCCCCAUCCAAAGUGGCCCAAAGUGCAAGUGCAGUGGUGCUGGCGGUCCAGAUACACCAAGGAGAAGAAGGACCAUGACCUCAGAGAUCCCCAGAAAGGGCCUUCUGAUGCUGCUGGUGGCCUUGGGCCUAACCAAGGGAGGCGGGGUGAAGGCCUCCAGGGAUCAGCUGGUGAACUGCACUUGUGAGAAUCCACACUGCAAGAAGUCAACCUGCCAGGGGGCAUGGUGCACAGUGGUGCUGGUUCGUGAGCAGGGUGGGCACCCCAAGGUCUAUCGGGGCUGCGGGAACAUGAACCAGGAACUCUGCUUGGGACGUCCCACAGAGGUUUAUAACCAUCACUGCUGCUAUCGAUCCUUCUGCAACCACAAUGUGUCCCUGGUGCUGGAGGCCACCCAGACUCCUACGGAGAAGCCACCUACGAUUUCCCCGCUGUUUCUGAUCUUGGGUAUCGUGCUGGCUUUGCUGGUCCUGCUGGCUUUGGCUGCUCUGGGCUUGUGGCGUGUCCGGCGAAGGCAGGAGAAGCAGCGGGGUCUGCACAGUGACCUGGGCGAGUCCAGCCUCAUCCUGAAGGCAUCGGAACAGGGAGACAGCAUGUUGGGGGACUUCCUGGACAGCGACUGUACCACAGGCAGUGGCUCGGGACUCCCCUUCCUGGUGCAGAGGACAGUAGCCCGACAGGUUGCACUGGUGGAGUGUGUAGGAAAGGGCCGAUAUGGCGAGGUGUGGCGUGGUUCAUGGCACGGCGAGAGUGUGGCCGUCAAGAUUUUCUCCUCACGAGAUGAACAGUCCUGGUUCCGGGAGACGGAGAUCUACAACACAGUUUUGCUUAGGCACGACAACAUCCUAGGCUUCAUCGCCUCCGACAUGACCUCGCGCAACUCAAGCACGCAGCUGUGGCUCAUCACCCACUACCAUGAACAUGGCUCCCUGUACGACUUCCUGCAGAGGCAGACGCUGGAGCCACAGUUGGCCCUGAGGCUAGCCGUGUCCGCGGCCUGCGGCCUGGCACACCUGCAUGUAGAGAUCUUUGGCACUCAGGGCAAACCAGCCAUCGCCCAUCGUGACCUCAAGAGCCGCAAUGUGCUGGUUAAGAGCAACUUGCAAUGUUGCAUUGCAGACCUGGGACUGGCUGUGAUGCACUCCCAGAGUACUGAUUACCUGGACAUUGGCAACAAUCCCCGAGUGGGUACCAAGAGGUACAUGGCACCUGAGGUGCUGGAUGAACAUAUCCGAACAGACUGCUUUGAGUCGUACAAGUGGACGGACGUGUGGGCCUUUGGCCUAGUGCUGUGGGAGAUUGCCCGGAGGACCAUCAUCAAUGGCAUUGUGGAGGAUUACAGGCCACCCUUCUAUGAUAUGGUACCUAAUGACCCCAGCUUUGAAGAUAUGAAAAAGGUGGUGUGCAUUGAUCAGCAGACCCCCACCAUUCCUAACCGGCUGGCUGCAGAUCCGGUCCUCUCCGGGCUAGCCCAGAUGAUGAGGGAGUGCUGGUACCCCAACCCCUCUGCUCGCCUCACCGCACUGCGCAUCAAGAAGACACUGCAGAAGCUCAGCCACAGCCCAGAGAAACCCAAAGUGAUUCACUAGCCUAAGUCACUGGACUUCCUCUUCCUGAAGUGUGUGGUGGGGCAGAAGACAUACCCUGUCUGGGUAGAGAUAGUAUGAGUGUGCACACUGCCCAGUGUGUGCCUGCCCAGCUUGGCCCACAGCCCAUCCAGCCAAAAAUACAGCUGGGCUGAAAUUCAAUCUGCCUCAGUCUAGCCUACUCAAAGUGGCCGGCUCUCUGACGCCUGGCUGGGCUCCCAUCCCCAAGGCCAGCAGGGUACACCCCUACCACUCCCAGGGCAGGGUAGCCAAGCCAGGGAAUCCCGGGCCUGGAUCCUGGGCUUGCACUCUCCCCUACCCUUGGUCAACCUUACCACCCCACUAGAGCUGCCAGGAUGGCACGGGGCCCUGUCCAGCUUCAGCAGACACUCCAUCCUGCCAGGGCUCACUGGAAUAUACACAGCAGCCUCAGUUUCUCACUGUGGGUUUUAUCACUUCAAUGAUACCUUUCAGUCUUCCGAACUAGACCCCUGGCUAGUGAAUGCCAGUCUCUCUGGAUAAGUGGUGUCUAAUCCUGCCACCUUCGGUCCCCUUACCAUCCCAGCUGACUUGUGAGGGUAUCAAAACCCAAGGACCCUCUAAGGAGAAGGAAGGUGGAGCAUGGUAGAGGAGACCCAGCACUGGGACUAUCUCAGGAUCUUAGAUUUGUCCCUGGUAUUCUUUGAGGCUUCACUGACCCUCAGACCAUGUGAAAGCUCAGGUCAUCACUCUCCCAUCAACUGCUCCCAUCCUCCUCCCUGGUUGUUUGCCUCAAACUGGGGUUUGUUAUAACUCUGAGUCCAGGACAGCCUAAAAAGUGCCUCCUGGUCCACUCUCCAAAUCCCUGUUCUUGCCUGAAACUGUUCUACUGGCCACCCUAGGACUCAGGCAGCACUGAACCCUCCAUCUCCCCUUGUGGCUUGUCCUUCUCUGUCCCAGGGCUCAGGGGUGGCUUCCUCUGGACUCUUCAAGACUGAAAUGAAAUUUGGAUCCUGUCAAGAAGCCUCCAGCUACCAUGGUUCUGCUCCCUCAUGGCCUUGAUUCUGGCCAAAGCCCACACCCUAGGCCAAGCUCCAGAAUGUGUACCUCAGGAGAACUUGGCCAAGAACAAUACUCAAAAGUCUGGCAUUUAGAAAUGUGAAGAGUAUAUACCCAUGUGCUGAACAAGUGAAACUGAAGCCUGGGGAAUAGACUGAAGAGAAGUGGGUUGUAGGCAAGGCUUAAGGAGGGCAGGGUGGGGCUCAGACAAGAAACAAGCUCAUCCUCAAUCUUGGGAAGACCUGGCCUAGAAAUCCUUGGCCAUUGCAGGGAGA